ACCUCACUUCACUGAUUAUUUCUACAGACCUCUAAAUCUUCUCAAGUUUUGUUUGUAGCUUCACGAACCUAGCUUGCUCUCCCUCACUCCCUCAUUCCUUCCACAAACCUCUCUACGUUCUCCACCAUGUCUACUGCUCCAAGCCUGCUAUCACAGCUCAUAGCAGAUAUCUCCAAAAAAGGUACGAUCUUGGAGGACUACCUGACCCGCAAUGGUCUCCCACAACCCUCCUUCAAGACCUCCGCCCCCAUUGACCUCGCAAUCCCCGCCUCGGAAGAGAGCCUCAUUGUCGGCCCAGCGGAGGGCCUAAAAUGGAUCGGUAUGACCGAGAUCUACCUCCUCACCAGCCUCCAAAUACUCUGCCACUUCAACAUCGCCCAAUCAAUUCCCCUCGGCUCCCCAAUCGCUUUCAACGAGCUUGCUAAGAAGACUAGCCUAAACGAAUCCCUCCUAGCUCACUAUCUCCACAUGGCAAGCACACACCACUACUUCUACGAACCCGCACCCGGAUUCGCAGCUCACACUGCUGGCUCUCGACUCCUAGCCGAAGACGAGGGCUACCGAGCCUGUGCUUGGCUUCGCGCAGACAUUUUCUUCACGGCGUGCUCGAAGGCACUAGAGACGAUGACGCGGUUUGGGGGCUCUGCAAAGCCGGAAGAAGCGCCGUAUGCGGUGGCGUUUGGAGAUGUGUUCUUCGCGCAUCUGGAGAAGGAGCCGUGGCGGAGGGAGAAAUUUGCACACUCGAUGAAGGCGAUGACGAGUGGUAGCGAGGUAGAGGAGAUUGCGGUGGUGUAUGAUUGGGGUAGCGUGGAGGAAGGGGGAUUGGUUGUUGAUAUAGGCGGUGGCAUGGCCCACAUCUCCGCCGCGAUCGCAACCGCCCACCCCCACCUGCACUUCCUUAUACAAGACCUCCCCAGCCUCGCUGACCAGGCCAACACCCACAUCGCCUCCCGCUCAGGCCCCAAAGCCUCUCACCUCACCUUCCACCCUCAUGACUUCUUCACCCCCCAGCCCGCCAUCGCCCGAAACGCCGCCGUUUAUGUCCUUCGCAACAUCCUGCAUGAUUGGUCAGACGCGCACUGCCAACAGAUCCUAGCGCAUAUUGUUGACGCCAUGGGACCGAAAUCGCGGGUCGUGAUCGUGGAUGUGGUGGUGCCGGAGCCGGGUACCUUGGGAAUGUAUGAAGAGGCACAGAUGAGGACGCUGGAUCUAACGAUGUGGGCGCUUUUUGCGGCACGGGAGAGGAGUAUGGAGGACUGGGAAGGGCUAUUGAAGGUUGUGGACGAGAGAUUGGGAGUGCUGAAGGUGGUAGAGCCGCCGAGAAUGAGAAGGUAUGCGGUGAUGGAGGUUGGCCUUUUGGGGGAGGGGGUAGGAGGCAUGGAAGCUCGCCCUAUUUGA